CCUGUUAUAAGAGCCUGGAGCCGCUAUCCCGACGGCAGUACCUACAAAACCUGCGGGUCGUCGUUGCGGUCGUUCUCUGCGUCAUUUUUAGUUGAGACCCCGAGAGAGAUUACCACAGCCCGGCAAGCUUGGAAGGCAACGCUCGAAGAUGCGGCUGUUUCUACUGCUGCUGCUGGUAGCUCUAGCAGUGGGUGCUUAUCAAAAGGUUGACCAAAAUGAGAGGCAGGACCAAGGCGCCCCAGACUUGACAGCCGAAGACACAUCCCUUGACAGGUACGAGAGGGAUGUCAAAACGGGUAAACGAAACAUGAAGAAAGAACAAACCAGCAAGGAAAACAAUAAGCCAAUGUUAAAUGUGAAGGGAGCUAAAUACGCGAAGAACGGAAUUGGUGACAAUGAGAGCGAAAGGGGAGAGAAAGGGAGAUCACCAAAGCAAGUGAAAAAUAUGAACAAGAGAAACAAAGGCAAGAGAAAAAGCGAGAAGAAUCGGAGACGGGGAAAAGGACACAAAGGCAAAAUUUAAAUGCCAACAAACGUAGACAACAGAAGAAAUUCAACAGGCAGAAAGGACAGCAAAAUGAUAGGAAAGAGGACAAGGAGAGCAAGGAGGUUAAAAAAAACCUCGAAAAAUACAGAUCCGAAGGAAGACGAGAAAGAAAAUAAAGACAAAGGAGACAAGGACGAUGAUAAAGACGAGGAGAAUGGCAAGACUGGCAGUGGAAAUAGGAAAUCCAAGAAAGACCAGAGCAUGAAACAUGAUAAAGACGAGAAACGAAGGAAAAAUCAAAACAAGGAUAGGGAUAAUCAAAAGGAUAGGAAAAAUCAAAACAAGGAUAGGAAUAAUCAAAAGGAUAGGAAAAAUCAAAACAAGGAUAGGGAUAAUCAAAAGGAUAGACAAAAUCAGAACAAGGAUAGGAAAAAUCAAAACAAAGACAGAGAAAGCAACAACAAGGAUAGGAAAAAUCAAAAGAAAGAUAGGGAAAAUCCAGACAAAGAUAGGAAAAAUCCAAACAAGUUUAGCAACAGAAGACCAAACGAGCUACAGAAAGUAAGCGGGGAGAUUCGCGAAAAAGGUGCGAAAGAGGGGAAGAAAGCGCGACCAAGCAGCCAACCUGAUGAGAAUGUCAUUAAGAGCCGAAAACUUGAUAAAACCUGAAAAAUCCCCACGACCACCAAGUGUUUCGAAGAAUAUGGCGACCAGCUUAAAAAACACGGGGAAUAUUGAAAUUCAGGAAGUAUGCGAUGGGAAAAUUGUCCUGGGAUACGGGGAAUCCAUUGUUAUCUACACUGACAAUAAUCGUCAGAAGGAGAAAUGCAAAAACAAGAUUAAAACUCCUAGAGGCACCGAGAUUGGCUUCUUCUGUCCAUUCUUUAACCUGAACAGCAACGGGUGUAAGAGGGAACUCCUGAAGUUCCGCGGCAAAGUCAACGGCAAAAAGCAAACUAAAAAGUACUGCCAACAAGAUGCUCCAGAUGGCGUCAUUGUCUCCACUAAUAAGUUGACCAUGCAAUUCAGACGAAAAGAAUUUAAGUCAGAUGAGUUCUCUGGCGGAUUCUUGUGUGAGAUCUUCACUGUAGGAGAUGCUCCAACAACAGUUGCUCCGACUACAGCCCCACCUCCAUCACCAAGUACAGCUCCUCCAUCACCAACUACAGCUCCUCCUCCAUCACCAACUACAGCUCCUCCAUCACCAACUACAGCUCCUCCUCCAUCACCAAGUACAGCACCUCCAUCACCAACUACAGCUCCUCCUCCAUCACCAAGUACAGCACCUCCAUCACCAACUACAGCUCCUCCUCCAUCACCAAGUACAGCUCCUCCAUCCCCAACCACAGCUCCUCCAUCCCCAACCACAGCUCCUCCAUCCCCAACCACAGCUCCUCCAGGAACGACCACUUGCGGUAUCACCAGAGCAUACUGUGAUGGUUGCGGGGUAGCACCAAUUUCCGUUGGGAGCACGAGGAUCGUCAACGGAACGGUGGCGUCAGCGGGCGAGUACCCUUACCAGGUGGCGGUGAUACCCACCAUCGCCGGCAGACAGUAUCAGUGUGGGGGUUCAAUCAUUAAGGAGAGGUGGAUUCUUACUGCUGCCCAUUGCUUUUACGACCAAAGCAACAACAAGGCGACAAGUGUCGACAUUACUUACGGCACCAUCAAUAUCAACGGCGGCGGCACAACCGUAACGGCUUCGAGGUUCAUCGACCAUCCAGGAUACAACUCAAUUACUAAUGCUAACGACAUCGCGCUGGUGGAACUCCCGCAACCGUUGAAUUAUGCAACCGACUCCAAUAUCCAACCGAUCUGCUUGGGACUGGAAGAGGACAUACCUUUCGGAGGCAAGGCGGUGGCGUCGGGAUGGGGAAGACUAGCGUUUGGUGGGUCAACACCUGACGUCCUGCAGGAGGUAGAGUUAGAUAUCAUCACAAUAAACGAGUGCCAGCAGAAGGCUUCUUUACCACCAGACACAAACUCGGUUCUGUGUGCAUUGACUCUCUUUAAGGAUACCUGCCAGGGUGACAGCGGUGGUCCUCUCGUUGCGAAACUUUGCGACGGCACCUGGGCUCAAAUUGGAAUUGUCAGCUAUGGUUUCCAGUGUGCCGUCCCUGACAACCCUGGUGUGUACACCCGUGUGUCUGCUUUCGCUAACUGGAUCUCAGAUAACACUGGAGGCAGCAGUUGUAGUUCUACCCUGACACUUAGCGCACAGCUUGAUAACCGUGCAAAAGAGAGGGUAGCAGUCAACGAAGCGAAAAAUGAAGUAGUUAGAAUUGGACAAGAUCUAGAUGGACUUGAAACUACACUGAACGCUGCCAAUGGAAGACGCCGUAGACGCAGAAAUCUCAGUCUGUUGCAGGAAUUGUUAAAUGCUCUAACUAACUCUGGCAGCAUUAUGUUAAGCAGGGACGUCCAGAGAAUUAACUCCCUGUCAAGUGAACUGGCAGCUCUCAGAGGCAGACUUGUUGUCUUCACGGCAGAAGUUGCUGCAGGUGCAUCAGGACUCGAUGUACCGGCGUUGUUGGGCAGUGUUGCAAGUACUAAGCAGACGGCUCAAAAUGCCACCGCGGUGGCUAGGCAAGAACUAGCAGUUCUUGAGGUUGAAAUUCAAGUUAUUGUUGUGGAAAUUGAAAACAGCGGUAGCACCGUCCCACCUUUGCCAUCUCUCGAACCUGAACCUACUAUCAAGCCAACUGCAGAUCCCACAACUCUACCUCCUACAGCUCCACCAUUAACAACUCCACCUCCAACAACUCCACCUCCAACAACUCCACCUCCAACUCCACCUCCAACAACUCCACCUCCAACAACUCCACCUCCAACAACUCCACCUCCUACAUCUUCAACAGAAGCAUGUUCCGUAACAAGAAAAUAUUGUGAGGACUGCGGCGUCGCAACUGUCAGCGUUGCCGACUCGAGGAUCGUUGGCGGCGCUGACGCAUCGUCCGGGGAAUUCCCUUGGCAAGUCGGACUCGCGACCGAAUUUCCGAGUGGGGGAAGUUCGUGUGGCGGAUCUCUUAUCAAGAGCAAUUGGGUCCUGUCGGCUGCCCACUGCUUCUUUGAUGACAAUGGAAAUGCGGCGACCUCAGUGGUGGUUCAGUACGGAUCAAUAAAUCUUGCAACUGCAACAGAAGUCACUGCAGUCAGAUACAUUACACAUGAGGAUUACAAUGCCUCGUCUUUCCUGCAUGACAUCGCUCUGGUUGAGCUUCCCCAAGCUCUCGACUACGCGAAUGACCCCAACGUUCAACCAAUAUGCCUGGGAGAGGAGGAGGACUAUAACUUCGGAGGCAAAGUGGUAGCGACAGGAUGGGGCGAUCUCAGUUUUGAUACAAAGGAAACCCCAGAGAUCCUUCAGGAGGUGAUGCUGGACCUGAUCACGACAGAGGAGUGUAAGACGAUGGAGGACCUUCCUUCGGAUACCUCCGUCAUCUGCGCCCUCACUCCUAGCAAAGACACGUGUUCGGGUGAUAGCGGCGGCCCCCUCUUCACCCAGCUGUGCGACGGCCGGUGGGCGCAGCUGGGGAUAGUCAGCUACGGCUUUGAGUGCGCCCGACCCUCGAAACCCGGAGUGUACACCAAAGUGUCCGCUUAUUUCGACUGGAUCGAGACCAACUCUGGUGUAUCAACUUCUGCGGCACCGAGAACCUCCUCUCCAGGGCCUACAAUUUCAGUGGCGAUUUCGACAACUACAGCGCCUCCAUCUGUGGUAUCUACAACUCCAACGAUAACGUUUACAAUGCCUACAACCGCUAUGUCACCCGUAACAUCUGUAGCACCUAUAAUAACGUCUACAGUAGCAACAACUUUUGCUGAGUCUACAUCUAUUGCAACUGCGACCUCUGCAGCGCCUGCUACAACCUCUACAGAACCCUCAUCCCUUCAAACAUCUACAGAAAUUUCAACAAAUUCAAGCUCCACAACAUCUAUAGAAAAUUCAUCAGUAAUUACAACAACCAUGACAGAAAGUUCAAGCACAUGUUCCUUGACAAGAAAAUAUUACGAGGACUGCGGUGUGGCAUCUGUCAGCGUUGCCAGCUCGAGGAUCGUUGGCGGCGCUGACGCAUCGUCCGGGGAAUUCCCUUGGCAAGUCGGACUCGCGACCGAAUUUCCGGGUGGGGGAGGUUCGUGUGGCGGAUCUCUUAUCAAGACCAAUUGGGUCCUGUCGGCUGCCCACUGCUUCUUUGAUAAAAAUGGAAAUGCGGCGAUCUCAGUGGUGGUUCAAUACGGAUCAAUAAAUCUUGCAACUGCAACAGAAGUCACUGCAGUCAGAUACAUUAUACAUAGGGAUUACAAUGCCUCGUCUUUCUUGCAUGACAUCGCUCUGGUUGAGCUUCCCCAAGCUCUCGACUACGCGAAUGACCCCAACGUUCAACCAAUAUGCCUGGGAGAGGAGGAGGACUAUAACUUCGGAGGCAAAGUGGUAGCGACAGGAUGGGGCGAUCUCAGUUAUGAUACAAAGGAAACCCCAGAGAUCCUUCAGGAGGUGGUGCUGGACCUGAUCACGACAGAGGAGUGUAAGACGACGGAGGCCCUUCCUUCGGACACCUCCGUCAUCUGCGCCCUCACCCCAAACAAGGACACAUGUUCGGGAGACAGUGGCGGCCCCCUAAUCACCCAGCUGUGCGACGGCCGGUGGGCGCAGCUGGGGAUAGUCAGCUACGGCUUUGAGUGCGCCCGACCUUCGAGACCCGGAGUGUACACCAAAGUGUCCGCUUAUUUCGACUGGAUCGAGACCAACACCGCUGAAACAAGUUCUGCAAGACCUCCAGGGGGUUCAACAGAAUCAAGCUCUGCAACACCCAUAAGAGAUUCAACAGAAUCAAGCUCUGCAACACCCACAGGAGAUUCAACAGAAUCAAGCUCUGCAACACCCACAGGAGAUUCAACAGAAUCAAGUUCUGCAACACCCACAGGAGAUUCAACAGAAUCAAGCUCUGCAACAUCCAUAAGAGAUUCAACAGAAUCAAGCUCUGCAACACCCAUAAGAGAUUCAACAGAAUCAAGCUCUGCAACACCCACAGGAGAUUCAACAGAAUCAAGUUCUGCAACACCCACAGAUUCAACAGUAACUACAGUCAUGACAGAAAGUUCAAGCACAUGUUCUUUGACACGAAAAUACUGCGAGGACUGCGGUGUGGCAUCUGUCAGCGUUGCCAGCUCGAGGAUCGUUGGCGGCGCUGACGCAUCGUCCGGGGAAUUCCCUUGGCAAGUCGGACUCGCGACCGAAUUUCCGGGUGGGGGAGGUUCGUGUGGCGGAUCUCUUAUCAAGACCAAUUGGGUCCUGUCGGCUGCCCACUGCUUCUUUGAUAACAAUGGAAAUGCGGCGAUCUCAGUGGUGGUUCAAUACGGAUCAAUAAAUCUUGCAACUGCAACAGAAGUCACUGCAGUCAGAUACAUUAUACAUGGGGAUUACAAUGCCUCGUCUUUCCUGCAUGACAUCGCUCUGGUUGAGCUUCCCCAAGCUCUCGACUACGCGAAUGACCCCAACGUUCAACCAAUAUGCCUGGGAGAGGAGGAGGACUAUAACUUCGGAGGCAAAGUGGUAGCGACAGGAUGGGGCGAUCUCAGUUAUGAUACAAAGGAAACCCCAGAGAUCCUUCAGGAGGUGGUGCUGGACCUGAUCACGACAGAGGAGUGUAAGACGACGGAGGCCCUUCCUUCGGACACCUCCGUCAUCUGCGCCCUCACCCCAAACAAGGACACAUGUUCGGGAGACAGUGGCGGCCCCCUAAUCACCCAGCUGUGCGACGGCCGGUGGGCGCAGCUGGGGAUAGUCAGCUACGGCUUUGAGUGCGCCCGACCUUCGAGACCCGGAGUGUACACCAAAGUGUCCGCUUAUUUCGACUGGAUCGAGACCAACUCUGGUGGUACAAACUGUUGAUUAAUAUUGCCAUAGCGGUGUACGUGUGUGUUUAGGUGUUUAUGCGUGCGUGUUCAUGUGUGUGUGUUUGUGUGUGCGUGUGUGCGUUUGUGCGUGCGUGUGUGUGUGUGUGUGUGUGUGUGUGUGCGUGUGUGUGUGUGUGUGUGUGUGUGUGUGUGUGUGUGUGUGUGUGUGUGUGCAUGUAUGCAUGCAUGCACGGGCCACUGCUGUAUCUGAUUAAACAUGUUCACUGGCAUUAUGCUUUGGUGUAAUGGAGAAUGUUUUAUCGCCUCCACGAAGUAGAAGAGGUCGCUGAAAUUGCCGAUGCAAAUUCUAUUUUCAAAAAAAGAAAGAAAAUAAAGUCAAUUGCCUCUCCCUGA